GCGCGUUCUGGUAUCUCUCGGUGGACUCCUUGGCUGGCGGCCGAGUCAUCGUGGGAUGGAUAUCCAAGUGUGCCUCCGCAACCCAGCCUCGAACAUUCCGAAUUCAAUAUAUAGAUCAGUGUCAGGAUUGGAGGCUAUGGCACGUCAAUCAUUGCAGUCGCGACGCUCAAGAUACAACAACCAGUUCCUGAAGCCUCCUUACACAAAAUUCCAUCUCCCUAUCCUUACAUCCACUAUCUUCCGAUAAUGGAGUAACAUACAACCCGUGUCGCGACUGCAGCUGGGAUUUAUACACCGUGGCGUACCUCUAAGCAGCCGCCAUCAGGUUGGCCUCUAAUAACCAGGAAGGAAGAGCCCAUGAAUGGGUUCGGAGGAUAACAUAAUACUGCGUUCUUUCCGUCCGGAGCAGCUUCCUUUAUAAGCUAGGCCUGGUCCAUUACUCCGUCUCUUUGUACUCUCAGUUGGCAAGAUGGCGUCACCAGCAGAAAUAUUCAUGCGCGGACCUUUGUUGGGCACAUUCUUUGGUAUAAUAUUAUAUGGUAUAGUAUCCAUGCAGGUAAUUUAUUAUGUCCAGAAUUAUUCCAACGAUCGGUCGAGUCUUAAAUUUAUGGUAGCCGUGAUAUGGAUAUUGGAAACUACUCAAGCAGCAUUUUCAAUGUAUGCUAUGGAUUAUUAUCUCAUAGUAAAUUUCUCCAAUCCAAAUGCACUGUCCAAUGUGAACUGGGAAUUAACGAUGACAUGUGCUAUUGGUUCGCUCGUUGAUUAUGUUAGCAAUAUGUACUUCGCUUGGCGAAUAUGGAAACUCAGUGAAAAACUAUACAUUCCCAUUAUAAUCGCCUUCGUUUCAACUGGCCGUUGUGGCGUUGCCAUCGCCACUUGUGUAUAUAGCCUCCUUUACCGGACUUCAGUCACUCUUUUCCGUCACCAUACUGUUGCAACUCUUUCUGUGUGCAACGUCACUAUUGUUGUAAGUGAUGUUCUGAUAGCGUGUGCUUUCAUGUACUAUUUGCACCGUGGCCGUUCGGGCCUUGAUCGAAUGGAUCGUCUUGUCAACCGCUUACUGGCUUAUAUCUUAGGCACCAACUUAUUGACCUCAUUUGUAGGACUAGCUACAAUGCUUCUGUUUUUUUAAUACCGGAUGACUCUGUCUUCCUGGGCGUGAUGCUGGUGCAAGUCCAACGUACCGCAAUUUCGAUCUUGGCAUCACUCAAUAUCAGACACCAUAAUGCAAAUCUAUUGGAUACACCAUCGAGCGAUGGUACCAAGGUCAGCAAGUUGAUCUUUGGGACAUCGUACGUUGUGUCGCCAAAUGACAAGUGAAUCGUAGUCAUAGGUGGAGACUCUUCUACUCACAAGUGGUGCUGAACCCUCCGCUCCACUUCUGUAGAUGUAUUAUAAUAUUUUUAGGGCUCAGCAAAAUCUUUACAUAUUAUUGAAUAAUAACACUCCUCAGCCAUACAU